AUGCUCAACCGUCAGAUUAGCAGGGACAAAAGAGGGAAGAUCGUAGUGCGCCUAGGCGGUCUAAAUGACAUCAGGCUCGGCUCUCCUGCACACCCACCUACCUUUACGCCACCUGUUGUCACCCCAUCUGAAAAGCUCGAACCGAGUAUUGCGGACUACACAUUCGAACAGUACAAAGCCGCCAACCUCAACAUCGACCAGCAACACGAUAUCAUCGGCAAGCUCCGCAAUGAGCUUCCUAUCAUCGACCGCGACGAAGUCGACGAUACGCUCCUGCGUUCGAUGGCACAGCAGUUCGAGCUCGCAAUUUUCCCAACAUGCAAGAUGAUGCAUGUCGACCCCCUAGCCGUGAAGCGCAUGUUCGACAACCAGUUCCGCAUGGCGUAUGGACCAGAGGUAGGGGCGGAGGUGUUAGCAAAGCUAGGCUUGUGUCGCUUAGAAGACAUCGAGAAAUCUGUUACUGCAGUGAAAACAGGGAUGGUUACCAAAGAAGACGUCGAGCACAGUGCGGCCAAUGUCGAAGAAAGCUCGAUAAGACAAGAGAGAGACACGGUCGCCCCUCCUCCACCGAAGAAGAAGGCGAGGAUGGCACCGCCCAACAACACACAGAAAGAUCUCAAGGCUCACACUGCAAGGAGAAGGCGUGCGCAUCGUGGGUGCAAGAUCUUGACGCUGCGCUCGGUAGUUGUGUCGCAGAAGUGGGAGGCCUUGAGUAGUGGCUCGUAG